UGCCACCCUCGGAUAAAUGGACUUUGAUGUUUUCCUUCCAGGAAAUUCUACAUAUUGAAGUCAGUGCAGCAACUCCACUUGAACCUUACCAAAUUUCUCUUCUCUAAACAAAUUAACUUUCAAUGGUGCUCUUCGUUCUCCUCCUUCUACCUAUCCUUCUCCUCCUCCUCUACUUUAUCGUCCGGCCCCGACCCCUCACCAUCCCUAUAAAAAACCGCCACGUGUUUAUAACAGGCGGGUCAAUUGGCAUUGGCCUGGCCAUUGCCAAACAAGCUGCCUCCGAGGGAGCCCGUAUUUCCCUCCUGGCCCGCUCCCUCGACAAGCUCGAAGAGGCCAAGCAGUCAAUCCGUCAGGCCUAUCAAGUCGACGUCGCGAUCUUCGCUGCAGAUGUUCGUGACUACGACGCCGUUCAGAGUGCGAUCAAGGAGGCUGGCCCUAUUGAUGUCCUAGUUGUUAACCAUGGCGUGUAUGUUAUUCAGGAGCUUGAGAACCAGGGAUUGGAUGUGGUCAAGUUCAUGAUAGACGUGAACCUGACGGGGAGUUUCAAUGUCAUCAAAGCCGCUUUGCCGUUGAUGAAGGAUAGAAAGGACAAGUGGCCUGCCUCCAUCGCCCUUAUGUCUUCAAUGGCCGGCCAAGUAGGAAUUUAUGGGUAUGCGGCCUAUUCAGCAACCAAAUUUGGCCUUCGUGGAUUAGCCGAAUCAUUGCAACAAGAAGUUAUUGAGGAUAAUAUUCACGUGUCUAUUAUAUUCCCUCCAGUUACUGAAACUCCUGGCAUAGAUGAAGCAAGGAAGAAUAUGCCAGAACUGAGCAAAAUCAUAGUUGGCUCCGGUGUAAUGAAAGCGGAAGAAAUUGGCAAGAUAACUGUUGAUGGCAUAAAAUGUGGAAGUUUUAGCAUCCCCUGCAACUUUCUUGGGCAAACAUUCGCUAUAGCUACUGCUGGUGUAUCCCCUCAGAGAUCGUUCCUGAUGGCAUCCCUUGAGGUGGUUUUCGCCGGCCUAUUUCGCUUUGGAGGUCUGCUUUUCCAAUGGAACUUGUAUGGGAUCAUAGAGAAAUGGCAUGCACAGAAAAAACAGUAAGUCUACGCAAUAAAUUUGUGUGCUUAUAAACUUCAGGAGGAAUUAAGCACAAAAUUUCCCGACACUGUUCAGCUUUUUUCUAGUGUGGGGCUAAAGAGUUUUCUACAACGAAUAUCGUGCUAAUGAGUUUCUCUUUUCUCCCACGAUUUCGAGGGCCUAGAUUUCUCUGGAGCUAGAUAUGGUAUAUGAAUGAGGAUUAAUUUCUUUGAGAAUAACAAGUUUCAACUCUAGGGUCUGAGCCUCUCUCCAAAUCUCCAUCUCAAAUCUGACGUGAAAGAAGUGAAUGGUUGGAUCCAUAAUUGACAAGGUGGGAGUCAUUUAUGUGAAUUGAAUCUAAAGCAUUUGUCUAUUAUACUAAAUCAGAUGUAUCAAUUUUCUUUUCAAUGUUCAUCCCAACUUUCUA